GCUAGCGGUCGGCGGGGGAGAUCGGCGGGGUGAGCUGACCGAGCGAACCGGCGGCGUAACCGGCAGGGCACACAGAGCCCUCGGCACCGGGGAGUGGGGAGUUGCUACGCUGCCGUUGCCACGGACCCCUCCUGGCUCAUCCGUGGCCCGCACCAUGCUCAGGGGAAGCGCACGGCGCCGCAAGGGCGGUCGGAGCGGGGUUUCGGCCGCUCUGCCGGUACGCUGAGGUGCGCGGUGCUCUGCUGCCUGUUAACAGCCGGUGACCUCGGGUCACGCCAGUGCUAGCGAGGGAGAGCCCCCGGCGCCGACCGCAAAAGGGACUCGGCAGGGGACUCGCCGGCAGAAGCCCGUGUCCGGGUGCCGUCCGCGCCGCCGCUGCGCAGCCCCACCGUCGCGGAGCGAAGCAGACCGGGCGCGGUGGGCCGCCCCUCCCCGCCCCAGCCGGUCCCCAGCCCCAGUGCGGAGCGGCGCGGAGGGGGUGGCGGCAGCCCUGUGACUCAUGCCUGCGUCGCAGCAGAUCAACCGGCGAUUCACGCUUUUAAAAAAGCAAAUCCGAGCACUUCUGAAAAAAAGGUCAUCUCGCAUUAAAUUUCGCGGCGUGAUUGGUAUUCCGACGUCGUGUCUGGCUGAGUUUAUAAGCGGCGGGUCGCUCCCAGGCUGGAGUCGCCCUGCCUGCCUGGGCUCCGACAGUAGCAGUGUCCGCUCGGCCCCUCGCAAAUUCCACCCCUCGAAGGAAUAUCGGAGGAAACCCGGACUCCGGGAACUGGGGCUUUGCUGAAGGGAUGGCUUCCUCCGCUCCCUCGUCCUCCAACGACGCUCCGGACCCCGCCCCGACUAAUUUACGACCCACAACUUACGACUCGUGGUGCGGCGUGGCUCAUGGGUGCACCAGGAAGAUUGGGCUGAAGAUAUGCGGGUUCCUGCAAAGGACCAACAGCCUGGAAGACAAGAGCCGGAUUGUCAGCUCCCUGAAGGAAAGGCAGUCCUCCAAGAGCCUGCUGGCAUGCGAGAACAGCGAGAAGGAAUCCAGAUUCCGGCGCACCGAGACAGACUUCUCCAAUUUGUAUGCCAGAGAUUUGCUGCCCGCCAAGAAUGGCGAGGAACAGACCAUGCAGUUCCUGCUGGAGGUUGUGGACAUCCUCCUCAACUACGUGAGGAAGACGUUUGAUAGAUCCACCAAAGUGCUGGACUUCCACCACCCGCACCAGCUCCUGGAGGGCAUGGAGGGCUUCAACUUAGAGCUUUCGGACAAUCCGGAGUCCCUGGAGCAGAUCCUGGUGGACUGCCGGGACACGCUGAAAUACGGAGUGAGGACAGGUCAUCCUCGCUUUUUCAAUCAGCUCUCCACAGGGCUGGACAUCAUUGGCCUGGCCGGGGAGUGGCUGACAUCGACUGCUAAUACAAACAUGUUCACCUAUGAAAUUGCCCCUGUUUUUGUCCUCAUGGAACAAAUAACACUUCGAAAGAUGAGAGAGAUUAUUGGAUGGUCAAAUAAAGAUGGCGAUGGAAUAUUCUCACCUGGAGGAGCAAUCUCCAACAUGUACAGCAUAAUGGCUGCACGCUACAAGUAUUUCCCUGAAGUUAAAACCAAAGGCAUGGCUGCAGUCCCAAAACUGAUUCUCUUUACCUCGGAACAUAGUCACUACUCUAUAAAGAAAGCUGGAGCUGCACUUGGAUUUGGAACAGACAAUGUGAUUUUGAUAAAAUGCAAUGAAAGAGGCAAAAUAAUACCGGCUGAUUUGGAGGCAAAAAUUUUGGAAGCAAAACAAAAGGGAUACAUUCCUCUUUUUGUAAAUGCAACUGCAGGCACAACAGUGUAUGGAGCCUUUGAUCCAAUACAAGAGAUUGCAGAUAUAUGUGAAAAAUAUAACCUAUGGCUCCAUGUAGAUGCUGCCUGGGGAGGUGGACUCUUAAUGUCCCGAAAGCAUCGUCAUAAAUUGAAUGGAAUAGAAAGAGCCAACUCGGUUACUUGGAAUCCACACAAGAUGAUGGGAGUGUUGUUACAAUGUUCUGCCAUUCUUGUCCGGGAGAAGGGUAUACUUCAAGGGUGCAAUCAGAUGUGUGCAGGCUAUCUCUUCCAGCCAGACAAACAGUAUGAUGUAUCCUAUGACACUGGAGAUAAGGCAAUACAGUGUGGUCGACAUGUGGACAUUUUCAAAUUUUGGUUGAUGUGGAAGGCAAAGGGUACUGUAGGAUUUGAAAAUCAGAUCAACAAAUGCCUGGAGCUGGCAGAAUAUCUCUACACUAAAAUCAAAAACAGAGAAGAAUUUGAGAUGGUUUUUGAAGGGGAGCCAGAGCAUACAAAUGUAUGUUUUUGGUAUAUUCCGCCAAGUCUCAGGGGCAUGCUGGACUGUGAUGAGAGAAGAGAAAAAUUACACAGGGUGGCACCAAAAAUCAAAGCACUGAUGAUGGAGUCAGGUACUACGAUGGUUGGGUAUCAGCCUCAGGGCGAUAAAGUCAACUUCUUCCGAAUGGUCAUCUCAAACCCAGCAGCAACUAAGUCUGACGUUGACUUCCUCAUUGAGGAAAUCGAGAGAUUGGGGCAGGAGCUGUAGUACAUUGGUUGAAUUAUUUAUUUCUCUAAUUCACUGUUUUCCAGUACUGGCUAAUUUUUAAACCCAGUUCUGCAGAACAUGUUUUAAGGAAAUUCUCUUUCUGUAAGUUCCAAUCUCCUAAGACAUCCUUAAACAAAACAACUGUAGGAUACUGAAACAUAUAUAUAGGUAGAUCAUAUUACUGAGGGAAAAUGUAUUAUCUUGAAGUUGAAGUACUAUUGACUCUUACGUUGGUCUUGUUUAUUGUAGUCAGCAGGAAAUUAAUGAGUACUAAAAUAGCAAAUUAAGAACUCUGCACAGUAUAUAUGUACAGUAUAAAUAAAUAUAUAUAAUUAUAUAUAUAUACAUACAUAUAUAUAUAAAGUGGUUAUAAACUUAGAUCUAAGCCACAGCAUGUUUUCCACUUUAAGAGAAUUAACUUUUCCUUCAACAACUAAUAUGUGGAUAAUGUGCUACAGACUUUUCUGCCGGCUAAAAUUAGACAUAUAGAAACAUUUCUAAAAUGUAGAUUCUUAGGAGCUAAAGAAAGCGUGUAACAGUAUUAAAUCUUAUUGUUGGUGCUUCUCUUACAUACAAAACAGCAAUCUCUAACAGCACCUAUGAGUAUAAUAGUUGUAUUUCCCCUUUAGUGUCACAUCAGGGGAUAAUAGUAGCAGAGUCAGUGUAACAGGUAUAUUAUUGCUGUAUUUUUAGAGGUUAAUUUGUGUAGAUUGUGUAUAUUAUUGUUAAAUGACUUUGUGUAAAAGGAUUUAAAUGUAAUAGUUUUACAGCAAGAUAACUGUUGAAUUGUAGGUAUAUGAAAUAUUUGCUUAUUUAUAUGCAGAGAUUUACCAUGCUGAAGAGUUGUCUUGUAUUUUCUUCCAUUUGUAAUGUAUCCAAUUUAUAUAUUAUUGAAGUUCUAAAUAAUGUUUAUGGUAUUUUAGUGUCUUUGUGAGCCAAAGAAGAAAAGACAAAAAGUUAGUUGAUACUUUAAUUUAAAUCCUAGUGCCCUUAAAAUAAUAACUUACAGAUAAUUUUACUGAAUAUAAGGAAUUCUAACACUGUGUAUAGACUGUCAAAUGAUGAGAUCCCUUUAAUCUAUUAGAAUUAUCAGUUUUAUUUAUUGUAAUGUCAGACUGUUUGUUCAGUGUUCUGAAUGCUUUUCUAGUGAAUAAUUGUUGCUAACCAAGGCCCCUGAUUUUGAGUUGAAUUUCAGGAGUAAUCUCUAAAGGCCAUUUAACUAAAUUCUGAGGGAGUUUUAAGCAGCGUCACUCUUUUAGUGAAAUGGAAUUCACUAUGUGUUUGGAGCUUAUAAAAUAAAUAAAACCAAAAGUAAUCUCAGAAUCUUUAAGUAUACCUGGCUUGUCACAACGAUUUCAACUGGCUAGACUUUUCAAAGUAUAGGCACCAGAUUCAUCUACAGCUUGUUCAGUUUUAGUCAUUAGAUAAUCAAUACUACCGAAUGGAAAACUCCAUACUGGAAACAGAGUAGUGGAACAAAAUGAAGAUUCAAUAAUCCUCUGUCUACUGAGUUACUGUCAUGGUGAUAAAUGGAAUAUGCUAAUUUCAGAUCUUUUCAGACAGGAUUCUAUGGCUAUCUCCUAUGCAAGUCAGUAAUGAUUUGCUCCCCCUCCACCAAAUCAGUAAUAACAUUAAAUUAUUUUUGAAAGAGUCAGUGAAAUGCAGUAAUGCUAUGCAGUUUUCACAGCCUCUCUGGCCCCUCUCAGUCCUGCGUAAGGGCAGCUACAGCCAGGAAAGAUUUCCAUCCUGCAGGUCCCACUGGUUGUCUUCUGAGGAUGUUGUCCCACAUCUUGGGCUGCUUCAGAGCAGGGAGAAGGAAGAAGCUGUCAUUGUAAAUACUGUACCAUAUAGCACAGCCUUUCCAGCUUUUCACAGGUCUAUUGCUUAUCCUUCUUCCAUAAUCUUCUACUUUUCAAGUACAGACAGAAGUUUCUGUUAAAGAGGAAGUACAUGUUACAUUCUGAUUUACAGGCUUCUGCCUGAAUUCUGGUCUCUGUCAGUUUUACUUUACUCAAAGGGCAGCUACGGAAGAUUGAAAGAUUUUCCUCAGCCUUUCUUCUUUGUGAGAAACAAUAUGAAGCAUUAUAAUCAAUGCAAAGAUGCAUAACUGUUGACCUAGCUUCACUAGGGGAUUUUACAUCUGCCACACAAGCAGCAUCGUGCUCUUUGUGAUUUUUUCAACCAGUUAUUAGGUGGGAAUUUCUGGCUUCCUCCACCUCUGUAGUAGAGAUAUUUCAGCAACAGUAUUACUAAAGAUUCCAACUUACCCUUAAUCCUCUAACUUUAAUAUUUUAACCUCAUGGACCUUGUAUCCAGCUCAUCAUUUCAAUAUUCUAAUAAUAUUUUAUUGUAUUUGAAAUAUUGUAUCUCCUUAAAGCAUAUACCUCCUUAUAAACUAAGUGAAGAGAAUACUCCUUAUGUAACUGAUCAUAAAACUGUAGGAAAGACCAUAAUGUGGCAUAUCGGCAUUCGUACAGCAAUCCUUGGACAGUCCUGUCAUGUAGUCAGAAAUAGAUGUAGGUGUCUUCAGCACAUAUACAAUGUUUUGCUUGCUAAAAUUUCUACUUCUUCAUUUAAUAGAGUAUCUUGUGUUUUGGAGGUCAAAAGCAUUAGAGGUUCUACCUAUUGCCAUUGUUGGUUUGCAGUUAGGUGGGAAUAAUGGAGCUUCUCCUGCCUGUUUCAGAAGUGAGACAAUUAGCACAGAGGUGUUUUCUCUAAAGACAGGGGUGUUAGAUUUAUCUUCCUGCUUCUCUGCAUUUUAUCUUGCCUUUCUGUGGUGUUGUGUCUUGACACAGAUGACACAUACAAUUAGAUUUUUGCAAAGCUUUUAAUUCUAAGAACAGACUCUGGAGUGUUUUCCUAUUACAUAUACCAUGUUCCACAGGCACAGGGCUCCUACUAAUUUCUGACUUUCUUAGCUGAUUUUAACAGAGCAGUUAUGGUCAGCAGUGAUGAUAAAACUCAUCUGUGUUUUAUUCUCAGUAGGCAAUUUUCAUCUGAUAUGUAAGAUCUAAUAUGUUACAGCUUCUCAGACAAAGCUUACCUGGAAUUUGCCUGCAUUUUAAUCCAUACACUGUGAGAGAUCAGGAAGUACAGAUGUACAGUGGUGUUGACUAAUUCAAAACAUUGCAAUUCCAGGAGAGUAACUUUGUUUUCUGAGGUUUAAAAUAUACUCUAAGGUAACAAUUUUGCUUUAAAAUCACAUGAACAAUCACUGUAAUUUUGUGGGGGUGAAUCAAACGAACAGUAGGCAAUAGCUGAACAAACAAUAGCUGAACAUGUAGCUGCAGUGCUUAUUAACUGGCGUAAUUUAUUUGGAAAAGACUGACCAUUGGAUAAAAAUCAACAGCAGCUGUUGAUUUUGAAUGAGAAGAAUUCUGACUGUAUUAUUAAAGGCAUGUUUUAGAGAAGGUAGAUAAUACCAUUCGCAGCAGACAGACGGAACCAGAGGCCUUGGGAAUAAUGCAGGAUUUUAAAAUCAUCAUUGACUUAGUUCAUAAUCUGUUUUUUGAAUGGUGACAAAUAUGAAGAGAUUUUUUAAACAGAAUCUCUGUUUUGUGGUUGAAGAAAUGUUGAAGUUAUAAAGAAGAUAUGCAAUGCAGUUUUAAUUUUUCAAUAAAAAUUGAUCUUAAAACUGUAUAAUUUGUCUCAUAUAAUUUUUGUAAGCUUUUUUGUUUCCCUAAGAAUAGGAGACAAAAGCCAUACAAUGUUAUUGCUCACAUUAAAAACAGUAAGGUGAAUAGUAAGACUAUUGUUUAGUUUUAGUUGUGAAUUGAACGUGAGCUUGUACCAAUGCAGACUGAGGAGGAACCACAAGCUCUGAACCUUGUUUGGUUUGAAUAGGGUUGUCGAGACAUUAGUACUGUGUAGAAAUGCUAAAAAAUAGGGAAUCUAAAAAUCUUAGUGUGGUGUUUUGUGUGGUUUCCGAAAUUAUCAUCCAACUUUUACAGGGGAUCUGAGAAAGUAAAGAGGAACUUUGAAGUGGGUAAAGAGUAUAAGGUCAAGCCCUUGUGGUAAAAACCCUGCUAUUUAAUUUGUGGAUAUAUUCAUAAAACUUAUUUCUUGUAAUGCAGAUCUUACUCCCAAGGAAGACUUGAAUACAUGCUCACUUUGCACACUUUUGAUCUCCGUGUUUGUUUAUUAAGCACUUUUAAACCUGCACACAAUUAGAACUAGGAUAUUUUUAUGCUAUGAAAAAUCUACUUGAUUGAAAAAGAUCUUUUCUGUAUGUAAAAAACUGCAGGACAGAAACAGGCAUAAAGGUAUUUUGAACAGUGUUAUGUUUCAGCACUUCUGUGCUUGUCUUGUUCGGAAGUAAUAUGGAGAAGGCAAGAGGAGCCCUCAGGGUCAUAUGACAAUACAUGGUGUGAUCAGUACUAUGGAAUCUGGGUGCCUGAUUGCAAAAGCAUUUAAAGUCUGCAUAACAAAAAAUCUGUGAGUAUUCUUAGAGUCAGUUAGAGUUGGGUUUCUUUGUUCAGCCACUUCUGUAGUAAGUGUUAUAAUGCACAGUCUUUUACAGUAAAAAUGUUUAUUUGAAACAGAAAUAAAUGAGAUAUUGGCAGCUUUAUUUUGUGAGUAAAGUAAAAAUGUUUUGUAAGACUGAUUUUGGAAAAAUUUUACAAGCGAAGACUAAUUUUGCUACCACAGAAGUCAACAGGAGAGCUGUUGCUGAUUGCAUGAAUCAAUCUUUCCCAUUCUUGGAAAUGGAAGACCAUUUCCUAAUAAAAAACCAGAAUGUGACCAUAAGUCUGAAGUAGGAAAAAAUACUUAAAUUCUUAUAUUCUCUAAAAAAAAGGGCUAUGCAUAAUGCAGUAACAUCAAACAAAUUCAAUGCCUUUUAUAUAGAAACAUAGAUGUUUUAAAAUACACUGGAAACUAAGUUUGAGCAUAAAAUUAUUGAAAUGUAAAAUUUAUAAGAAUGGGAUAACUUCAGGGAAACACUUUUUUUUCCUAAUUGUACUUGAAGGAAGCAUAAUAAUGACAAAAUACAAGUCUUUCCCUGUAUAAAUAUAAUACAAAUUAAAGCUUCUGUGGCAAAGCUUUUGGCAUAUGGUAUGUCUUUAUCUAUCUAUGCAUGAUAUAUACUUGAUAUAUAUCACAUAUAGCAUUAAAAAGGUGAUUAAAAAUUUUGGAUUCCAGACCAUAGUUUGGGGUAAUUUGCCAUUCUUUUACAGGAGUUAAAACAUUACUAAUUUGUGGGGCAGGGGGCUUGUAUACCAAAUAUAUUGAAAAAUAACACAUUUUGAAUUCAUAAAAGCAUUGAAUUAUUUUUUGAUGAUAUAGACAAAUUCUGAUUAAUCGCUGCUUCAUGAAUUAUCCAUAGAAUUGUCAUUUGUUUUAACAGUAUGUAACAAAUCUGAUUUUGAUUGCUUUUAGGGUAGGGUGAGCAUCCUUCAAGUAGGAUGAGUUUUCUUAAGAACAGUUUUCUUUGCAAGUUAAAGAAUUUUAUGCAGCAAACCAGGCAUGAGGAAAAUACAUACUGCAAAGAAACUUACUAAGUCCAUUAGCAUGAAAAUACCAUGAUGUAAAGCACUAAAAAUUAUGGAAGAUGAUUGCAUCAUGUGUGAGUAUUAAGGAGUGUUCAGCUUACAUACAGAUUUUUCAAUGAAAUGUUAGGACUACAAUGAGAAUGGUUGCAGUUGUGUACAGCUCACUGUGGUCAACAGAUUUACAUCUGUCUGAAUUUCUUCUUUAGUGUUCUAUAAUUUGCAAGUUAUAAAAGUUAUGCUUGGGGCGAUUAUACAUGAGUCAGGAGUACUACUCACUCAAGAACUGCAACUAAGUUGAAGAGGAAAUGAGAAGGCGCAAGCAUUGACUGAAAGUAAAGUUUAAAAGGAAGGAUGGCUGCAUAAUGUGAAAAGAUCAGACUUCUGGACAAAGCAGAAUAAAAAUUAUGGUUAGAAUAAAAGAUAAGAUGCAAGCAGAAUUUUUUAAGUAGACCUGGUAAAGAAAGAAAAAAAGUCUGUUUCUCUGUUUUUCAGGUAAUCUGCUCAGCAUCUGAAUAGAAUUAUUUCAGACUGGAUAAGUAUACUUCAUUAUGUGUAUUUGUGAGUGUAUUUGUAUUUCUUGAUAUAAAACACAAGGACACAUGCAUGUACAUAAAUGAAGUCUUACAUCAUGUUGACUGUUUUGUGUAGGACUUUUCAGGACAUCUGCAAAGAUUCUUGAAGUAUAAUAUUAUCAAGUAUAUCAUUAAGGAAAUAGUAAAUUGUUUUCCCUUUGAAAGUACGUGUGUGUGUGUGUGUGUGUGUGUUGUGUAUGUACAUGAAGGAUUCAAUCUCUACCAUGAGAAAUUCUUAAAUUAUAUAUGUUUUAACAGGAUACCACUCUAGUUCAUCUGAGAACAGUUGGUUUGAGGCCAGAAUGAGUGUGAAAAUUUUUGGCCUUGUUUUAUGUGCAAAGAUGUUGUGCCACAACAACAAAAAUACAUGAAAUCAUUGCAGGUGAUAGGAAAUGGAGAAAAACUAAGUUUAACCUUUCAAGAAACCUAAAAAAAUGUCACUACAAGCAAAAUCAACAAAUGUAAGUACAAUUUCUCUAACUUAGAUUUAUAGAAGCCUAUCAUCCGUGACUACAAUGUAAGCUGAAGCUUACACUAUUGAAGCCAUAUCUGCUUGGUGUGACAUCAGCAAGAGUUUGGAUGAUGCUGGUGUAUAAAGCAAGCAUACUGGCCUUC